CAACACUCAAACCAUUCUCACACCUAUUAAACACGUCAGCAUCAAUCACCGAGCCACGCCCCGCAUCUCCUCACAACGCCAAGAGAUAGCACCCUCCACCUUGAACAGUACUCACUUCCGUAAUAACCUAAGGACAGGUUCACACGCCACCAAAGCUUUCUUUCCUUUCUCCUUUGAUGGGUGCACAUUGCACUUGUACUGCACCAAUUCCUUCAAUGGGCAGUCGAUUAAUUUAAUCGGUGGACUGCGUGACUUCCCAUUUGGGAGUACAUUGAUUUCGGUUUCGAGCGCAGAGAGGGGAACGGUUCUCAUUGGCAGUGGCAUUGUCUGCGGCAAGAGGAGGGUAGUUGCAUGAAUAGUGUGAGGGAGGGAGGAGAAGGGCGUGGGUGAGAAGUCGAGAAGAUGAAUGAUGAUGUGGGAGUGAGGAAGUUGGGGGAAAAGCUCUUGGGUGAGGUGGAGGUGGAGGAUUUGAGCUCGGUUCUCCAAUCCGUACGCGAGCUGAAUAUACGGAAGAAUGACAGUGAAUAUAACCAGACCACACUACGAAGCUCGUUUUUCGGUAUCCCAGAGUUAGACGCUCUCUUUCCACGCCAAUUGAACCCCAUCCUCGAGCUCGUCUCCCCGCCAGAAGCACACCAUGCAUCCGGAGCGGGCAAAACCUCCCUUCUCUAUCUCAUCAUCUCGCACGCCAUAUUCCCUUCUUACUUCGCCCCGUCCAUAGCACUCGGAGGUCAAAAUGCCGCUAUCAUUCUAUUCGACCCUCUGAACCACUUCAGCGUCUCGCGGCUUGCGAAUGUUAUGCUCAACCUCCUAAAGACCAAGGUUCACGCAGCAGGACAGACAAUGACUGCCCGCACGAGAGCAGACAUGAAGACCCUCGUGAAGCGCAGUAUGCAACACAUCCACAUCUUCCGCCCGCAGUCCUGGCCGUCUUUACUCUCAACACUACACACACUGCCAGACUACCUGUUCAACAAAGACAAACAUGAAAGUACACACCGACACAUCCACUCCAUCAUCCUAGAGGACAUCGACACCUUCACAUGGGCAAUCCGAAACUCCUCCCAGUCGGGCCAAACGAAUCCUUUGUCCACGGCGUCAACGCGCUUGGCCAGUACCUUGCAGAACCUCUCCGCCCGCUUCUCAAACGCUACGAUACUCACUUCGCACUCGACGUCGCCUACUUCGUUCCGCCCUGCGCUUCCUACUUCAUGGCCACUGCAGCUGCAGCAGCGAGCACUACCAGAGGGAGCACGCCAAACGGGAGCCAGGGUGGACACAGCUGCACACUCCACGGCGGCGGCGAUGGUAACUCGCCUCGCCAUCCGGCGCGUCGAAGUGCUCAAGUUCGCCCCGGCAAUCAGUGUUGAGGAAGCAGAAGCAGAACGACAGCAGCGGUGGGAGGUGGUUAGUCGGGCCAGAUUUGAGUGCUGGAAGGUGGGUGUUGGGGUGAAAGAUGGGGAGGGGUUUUUGUUCAGCGUGGGGCGACGGGGGGUUGUGGUGGAGAGGUCAGAGGGGAACUUGGGGUGAUGGCGGAGGACAAGUAGGAUUUACCCGGUCAGUCACCGACUACGAUAGAUAUUAGCGUCUAGUGGAGUUCAUGUACGAACCACAAUCGCUAGGUCAUGGCUUAGGCGGACGUGGAUUCUUGACAGUAUGUUACAACAGAAUACAGACUGCCCGCUGGCUCCUUGAAA